CACACAUAUACAUCAGUAUGUCUUUAGCACGGGUAGCGCUAUACAGUCAGCGAGCGGAGAAGCCCGUUUAGUAUUCCGAGCACAGGGGAAGAGAGGGAGGGAGGGGAGAGUGAAAUACAAAGAAAAAAACAGGGUGAGAAGACAGAAAACACAUUCCAAGACAAGAAAAUAGGAAAGGAUGAGAGGGGAGCGGAGAGAUACCAUAUUGUUCAUUUCUCCCUCUCAGUCUACCCCUCCGCCUUAUUCUUCCAUCCCAGGUGCAGUAUUUGAGCCCAUUUUCCUGUCUUGGGGUAGAGGGCGGAAUGUUGAUUUUUAACGCGUCGCAUCUGAAAAAUAGGCUAGUGUUUGGAUGAAAAAGGCAGGUAGGAGAAAGAGCAGUCUCUGAUACAACAUAGAGGUGAUGUUGGAGCCAUUUAUAAGACAUUCUAUGAAUCUAGGUUGGAGGAAAACCAGGAAAACUACUGCAUUCCAUUGAAUCUGCUUGGAACUACAUUACCCAGAGCUGAACCGUGCUCUAAAUGCUGUUAGAGCUAUCCCUAUCUCUGUGACAUUAGAAGAAGAAGAACACAAACUAGUAUAAGGUUAUGAAUUUGUUGGAAGCAUAACCAAGUGCUGUUCAGCUGUGUUGUCAUUGGUGGAGAAAACAUUUCAAACAUGACAGGGACUCCUAGGCUUUACAAACAACUCUAAUACAGGAAAAGACAAAGGGGUGGGUUUGGCUCACACAUUUAUUGGCGUGUCAGUCAUGGAGGGUCUCUGCUAGACUCCGCCUAAGUAAACACCGCCUGACAGAGCCCCUCCCCUUAUUCCUGGAUUGGUCCAAUCUCCACCGUCCCCACCCAUUUCUCCAGACCAUCCAAGGAACGUGGCCGGAUCGAACCUCUUCUCACCCAGGUGCCGUCCGUUUGGUGAGGGCGGCGAGGGCUGUGCUGUGAUUGGUUGACUGCGGGUGGGAGUGCAAUGCGGAUUGGAGGAUGUCGGGGGACUGGGAUGAAGACCACCUGUGUAAGAAGGCUCUCACUCUGGUGGAGGAGUUGUGCUUACACUCCUCAGCGAAGGACAGCCAUGAAGCCAGCUGCCGAGACUUUGUCUACAUGAUGAGGGGACAGCAGCACGAAACAGAGAUCUCUGUCAGCCUGUUGUCGGUGAUCGUGACGUUCUGCGGGAUCGUCCUUCUCUCAGUCUCUCUCUUUGUCUCCUGGAAGCUCUGUUGGUUGCCAUGGAGAGACAAGGAGGGUGGGGGCCUGAGCUUGACAUCGGGGCUGAUGCCCGGGGGUGUGGGUGGGAUGGGCGGCAGUGGGGGGGCCUCCCUCCUACCUCCUGUCAUGCAGAGGAAGGCGUCCCACUCCUCACUCUACCCUUCCCUGGCCCAGUCUCAGCAGCAUCACCCCCACUUCUCUGACCUGGUGGGGGUGGAGAGUGGCCAGGGGGUGGGGGGCGUGGUGGGAGGCCCGGAGCAGACCCAGGAACACUCCUACCUGGACAUGGACUCCUACCCCAACAACGCUGGGAAUCUUAAAUUGAGCCAGACGUCUCCAGAGUUGCCCCCCACCACUGAGGGGGGAGCCGCCCCACCCCACAAAGACAUGCCCAACGCCCACUCCCAGCAGCAGGUCACUGCACGGCCCAAGCCCAUGACUCACCAGUUGUCCAGCCCUGAUUUCCAUGGUGAGGAGAAGAGCGAGCAGGUGACCAGCAUUGGCCAAAUCAAACCGGAACUCUACAGACUGCGUGGGGGCGACCAGGGGGAAGGGAAAGCAGGGGACAAUUGCGGCAAGAUCAGCUUCCUCCUGCGCUACGCCUUCAAUACAGAGCAGCUAGUGGUGAAGAUCCUGAAGGCUGUAGACCUGGCUGCCAAGGACGCCAACGGCUUCUCAGACCCCUACGUCAAGAUCUACCUUCUGCCAGACAGGAAGAAGAAGUUCCAGACCAAGGUCCACAGAAAGACCCUAAACCCUAUCUUCAACGAGACGUUCCAGUUCGGUGUCCCCCUGGCAGAGCUGCACUCCCGGAAGCUACACUUCUCUGUCUACGACUUUGACCGCUUCUCCAGACACGACCUGAUUGGCCAGGUGGUUGUGGACAACCUUCUGGACUUCAGCGAGGGCACAGGAGAAAAGCCUGUCUGGAGGGACAUAGUGGAGGGCACAGCGGAGAAGGCUGACCUCGGGGAGCUGAACUUCUCUCUGUGUUACCUGCCCACAGCAGGUCGGCUCACCGCCACUGUCAUCAAGGCCACCAACCUCAAAGCCAUGGACCUCACCGGCUUCUCAGACCCAUACGUGAAGGCUUCUCUGAUAUGUGACGGCCGCAGGCUAAAGAAGAGGAAGACCUCCAUUAAGAAGAAUACGUUGAACCCCACCUACAACGAGGCUCUAGUCUUUGACAUCCCUCAUGAGGACAUCGACAGGGUGUCUAUCAUCAUCGCUGUCAUGGACUAUGACUGUAUUGGUCAUAAUGAGGUCAUAGGAAUGUGUCGUGUGGGCAGUGACGUUGAGGGUCCUGGGAGGGAGCACUGGACUGCCAUGUUGGCCAACCCCCGCAAGCCCAUAGACCACUGGCACCAGCUCGUCGAGGAAAAACUUGUGGCCUCAUUUGUGUCAAAGAGUCCAGCAGCCUCUCCCAAGCCUCACAUCGUGGUGGACAGUCCUCACUCUGAGUAGAACUGUUAUUAUCAUCUUUCCAGUUCCAGACUUUCCUUUCUUUCUGCUCAUCUGUGAAUAAUUAUCUCCAUCAAACAAAGAGAGAUGAGGAGACACAUCGACUGCUAUUCUACUGCUACUGCUGAAUAUUCCAACUCCUGUCCUGUCGCAACGAAGCAAAGGAAAACAGAAUCUACAUUCUAUACAAGCAACACUUAGAACGCUGACACACACACACACACACACACACAGUGCUUCAGGUUAGUGCCAGUAAUUCAUCCAGGAGGAGUGUGAUGAUGCACAUUUCUCCCUCCAAUCAAACCUGGGCCUAAGGUUUCUGCUCUGUAUGGACUUCAAAAGACAUGUGUCAAUGCUUUACUUUAGGCCAUUACUAUACAAGUGUAGGAGUUAGGAAACAUCCAUGUAGUGUUUCCAGCAGGACAAACAUCAGUUGUGGAGACUCUAGUGGUUUGGGCCUACCCUCUGGAUCUGGGCUUUUCUGGCUUCUUUUAGCUGGAGGAAGGAACCUUUGCUGGUCGUUAUUAUUGAUGUCAGGGGAGGGAGAAAUGUGGAUGAACCCAUCUGCUGAAGCAUGUUACGUAACCUUGAAAUGUGUCCUUUCGCCUCAUUAUUUUGUCACCUUCUUCAUGGUGCUCAUUAAUGUGAAUUUGCUUUUAUUUUUCUAUUUGUUUGGUUUUGGGGGUUUGUGUAAUAUAAUCAUCCAGAAAGGAAUUUAUCCAUAGCAUUUUUUUACGAUCCACUAAGGAUGUGAUCGUGAGUACUUGAAGACCUGAACUAUUUGAGCGCCUUGGGAUGUUACAGGAAUAGUGUUCCCCUGUUUGGACAUACUGGCAGACUUUACCCCAGAGGACUCUACAGGGGAACUGUGAUGAGGACGGACCUGCUCGGCUUGGAGUGCACUUACUGGAAAUGUAUCCUACAGGGAAGGAUUUCACCAUUAUAUCGAAUUUUUCUAUCAUUCCAAGAUUUUGUUUUUGCGGAAAGACAUUAUUUAAUUUGAAAAUAUAAAAAUUGUCUGCAGUCCAUCAUGUCUCCGACUGGACGACAACAUUAGAAGGACACACACAUUUGUGUUGCUUUGAUUUGUGUGUAUUUCUGUGUUUGUGUGUGUGUUUUGUAUUUGUGUGCGUCUGUGUGUGUAUGCCUGUAUGUUUGUGUGUGUGUCACUGUGACCUUCUGUGUGACACGUUUCUGUGCUCAUGACGUCCCUAUCUUCUACCUGUCCUCACGGCCCCACACCAUUCCUAGCAUCCACAGACUGAAACUCCUGUCUUUGAACAAAAUGUGUCUUCUGUCCUGUGUGUCUUAGAGGAACCAUUUGUGUGUAGGACCCAUUGCACUUGUUGGGGAGUGGGAAACUAGGACCCAUUGCACUUGGUGGGGAGUGGGAUCCCUGAUGAACAGUCGGUCUCUCACAGAGAUUAGAGUGUAUUGUGUGUGUUGUUUCCCAGAUCAGCUGUCCGUCACUCAAAAGUGCCCCCCCCCUGCCUGAUCUAAGUAACUGUGUUGGUUGUGUACUUCUUUUAGUAAAUGUGUACUGUGUGUCUGAGGGGAACCAGUUGGCACCGUGAUGUUAGAUACGUUUUGAUUACUUGAGGUAGAAUUUUGGGCUGAGUAAUGACUCUUUUAUGUCCCCUAGCAGUCCCUCCAAACGGGGAGACAGAGAGGGGGUAGUCAUGCCCUUUAUCUUUAGUGAAAUACGAUGACCCCCUGUUUACGCUCUGCACUUCCUCUUUAAGCACCAUGUGGCUACUGCCAUGAGAGAACCAUGUCUACCACCACUUCUGCUACUAUAACCUCAACUAACAGUUAGCACUACUAAUGCUAUGGCUGCCAUUUCCCCUUAAACGCAUUCAGGGGGAUCCAGUUACUAUUCCAACUUCAGGCCAAGGAAGUGCAGGGAUGCUUACUGGUAUGCUUGGUAUGUACACUGAUUAAAGCCGUAUAUCCCACAUCAUAGCCAGAAGUUUUCCAUCUGGAACUGUAUGUCUGCUCAGGUUGUUCUGGGAGGUCAUUGAUCUGCCUGUAUAAGUAGAUACUAUAGUAUUGAUCCAUUGGCCUAUCUCCAGGCUCUGUCUCUAUCCCUCGCAGUCCACAUGAUUCUCUGCCCCAUAACACUGUGGUGUUAGCACUCAGCACUGGAGGUUGCUAGUGUGCUCUCAGUAUUACCCUCCACCUCUCUCUCUCUCUCUCUCUCUCUCUCUAAAUAUACCUUUCUCUUGCUCCUUUAUCUCUUUCUAUGCCUGCCUGCCUGCCGCUCUCUCUCUCUCUCUCUCUCUCUCUCUCUCUCUCUCUCUCUCUCUCUCUCUCUCUCUCUCUCUCUCUCUCUCUCAAUAUAGCUUUCUCUUUCCCCUUUAUCUCUUUCUAUGCCUGCCUGCCGCUCUCUCUCUCUCUCUCUCUCUCUCUCUCUCUCUCUCUCUCUCUCUCUAAAUAUACCUUUCUCUUGCUCCUUUAUCUCUUUCUAUGCCUGCCUGCCUGCCGCUGUCUCUCUCUCUCUCUCAAUAUACCUUUCUCUUUCCCCUUUAUCUCUUUCUAUGCCUGCCUGCCUCUCUCUCUCUCUCUCUCUCUCUCUCUCUCAAUAUACCUUUCUCUUGCUCCUUUAUCUAUUUCUAUGCCUGCCUGCCUGCCGCUGUCUCUCUCUCUCUCUCAAUAUACCUUUCUCUUUCUAUGCCUGCCUGCCUCUCUCUCUCUCUCAAUAUACCUUUCUCUUGCUCCUUUAUCUCUUUCUAUGCCUGCCUGCCUGCCGCUGUCUCUCUCUCUCUCAAUAUACCUUUCUCUUUCUAUGCCUGCCUGCCUCUCUCUCUCUCUCUCUCUCUCAAUAUACCUUUCUCUUUCCCCUUUAUCUCUUUCUAUGCCUGCCUGCCUCUCUCUCUCUCACUCUCUCUCUCUCUCUCUCUCUCUCUCAAUAUACCUUUCUCUUUUCCCUUUCUCUUUCUAUACCUGUCUCUCGCUCUCUUUGAUUGCUUGUUCUCCCACUCUAUUUCUGAAAACUCCCUUUUCCCCACUUCCCUCUCUCUCCACACAGCCAUUCACCCCCUCUCUCUGCCUCCCUCCAUCUUGCCCGCUCUCUCUGUGUGUAGGACUCCUCUCUCCUCUGUCUCUCUCAGUGUUAGUGCAGUUCUGAAUGGACAUUGGGAAACAUGUGUGCAUGCUUAUAUUAACAUGAAUGAUGUCAACUUGAUGCAAUGAAAAUUAGAUAUGUGAUGCUUUAAGCAAAACCUGACAAUGAACUUGAUAUUAAUACUACUAAUGACGGAAAUGGAGACCUAGCAAUCGUUCUCUCUGUAAUCAAAACAAUGAUGAUAAAUAACAUUGUUUAUCCUGUAUAUCUUCAUUAAAUAGUUAUUCCUGAUUUAAUUUUUGAUUCUUUAAAAAAUAUAUAAUUUCUUCAGAAGUUUACUUUUUAUAUGGGUUAAACGGAUAAAUAGACAUUUGAACAGAAGUGAGACAUUCAGUCUGAAAUGCUUGUUUCAGCCAGAGAGCUAGGGGGAGGAGGGUGAAGAGGAAGAUGAUGUAGGUGAAUGUGUGGGAGAUGGUGUGGCUGAAGCAAUGAUCAUGGAAAUAAAGGAUAUGUAUCAUCCAGCCUCA